AUGCAUCCAACGCAGAUGCAGCAGCAGGCCAAUGGUGCAGUUGCGGCACGCAGCACAGGAUCCGACGAGAAUACCAUGUUCCGCGAACAGCAGCAACCAUCUCAGCUGCUUUGGCAUGAGGAGUGGAUUGACCACCAGGGCAACCCGCCUUCCUUCGCCCAGAGCAAACUCUCCCCGUCGGGAAAUUCGGCCAGCCAGCCGGGGGAUCCUGUUCCGAGCCAACCAUGCUCUCCCGUCUUUGAAACAGCCGGCUGCUUAAGGCGUGAAGAGGCUUCGCAGCUGGUAGGAAGUCACGGCCCUUUCCAAACAACCGCGUUCUACUUCGUCCUGCUGGUUGCCUUCGUGCUACCCUUCCACACGCUGCCACUCCGUGUCGCCAGCCAUGAUGUCGACCACUGGUGCGCUAGACCCGUGCAUCUGCGCAACAUGUCAACGGAAUUAUGGAAGGAGGUCAUGAUUCCACGUACCGAGGACGGACGAUACAGCAGGUGCCGCAUGAACGCACAGUGGAAUUCGACAGGCAUCGCCACGUUGCCCUGCUUGAAUUGGGAGUACGGGCCGUCCAUCUACGGAGCCUCUAUCGUACAGAACUUCAAUCUGGUGUGUGAGCGUGCGUGGCUUCUGCCGCUCAGCUGUUCCGCCUUCGCGGUGGGCGCCAUCUGCACGCUGAUCGUGUCAGGGCCAAUAGCAGAUUGUUUGGGACGGAAGCCGGUGAUACAGUUCUUUACGGUGGUGCUCCCAGCGGCCGGCGUAGUGAUCGUGUUCUCCACCGUCGUCAACAGCUUUAUCGCCAUGCGCCUGUUACAGGGAGCGGCUACCAGCACGCUCUUCAACACCAGCUUCGUGCUACUGAUCGAAGUUCUGGCACCGGAACGCCGCACACUGUACUCGAUAGCCGCGAUGAUGGGAAAGGUGUUCGGUGCAGUAAUUGCCGCCGUGAUGAUGUGGGCGAAGUUCAGUUGGUACACGCUGCAGCUGACUAGCAUGCUACCAUGCUUGCUGAUGUUGAGCACCUUUGCCGUCCUAUUGGAGUCUCCUCGAUGGCUGCUGGCGCGGGGCAACGUGGAAGAGGCGGAGACAGUUAUCAUGCAGGCAGCCACGCUGAAUGGCCAGAGCCUGUUCGAAGUGCGCCAGCAGUUGGCGCGCAGUCGGCGGGACGUCGAGCGAGGCCGCUUGGACACAGCCGCCGCGGACGUUCAUGGCGACUCGAAGCACGCACGAGGCCGCAAGCGCAACAGCGUCAUCCUCUGCUAUCUGUGGACGGUGACCGCGGUCGCGUCAGAGGCAGCCUCGCUGAAGAUCCACUACCUGGACUUGUACCCAGCGGCGCUGCUGGUGCUCUCCUCGCUGCUGUCAUUCCCGACCGAGUUGGUCGCCAUUGUGUCGGCAGCACGUCUGGGACGCAGCGCUUCGCUGACCUGGGCGCUGGGCCUUGCCGCUCUCGCCUGCUUCGUGGCCGCCACCCUCAGCGACGACAACACAGUUCCCAGCGCGGUGCUGCUGCUAGUGGCGAGCGUCAGCGUGGACUGCAUCGCAGGUCGUGGGCACACUGUACACGGCCGAGAUGUACCCUACGGUGGUGCGCUGCACGGGCCUGGCACUGUGCAAGUGCUUUUCGGCUGCCGCCAGCGUUGCCACGCCUCUGGCAGUCUACCUGGGACUUCUGCCAGUGUCUUCAUGGCCACUGGGCGUGGUGUCGCUAAUGUGCGUCACUGCAGCGUACCUGGCGAUGCGCUUGCCGGACACCAAAGAGUGCACUGUGCUGCCGGACCAGCUUUCGGACGCACCGUUCGACUCGACUCCGCAUUAAGCAAGAUCGUGCUGGCCGACGGAUACUGGCGAGUGUCCUUGCAGGGCAGCACUUCCACGGCAACUUGUGGGCCAUCGUGA